UUCUUCCCCCUUUCAUCCACAAUUGACUCCAGGGACGAUCUCUCUCACAGGCUGCACACAACACACACCGGCUGUACAUGUGGAUCAGUUACUUAUAUACGACGGCGGUACCGACAUUGUGUUGCUCCUCGCGCACUGUGUGACAGUGUGGCCUGCCGCUUGUUAUCGGACAAUUUGCCCUAGUGUCACACGUGUGCCCUGAGUGUGCAUAUGUGAGUGCAUCGCUUCCGCAUUAUUCGGAUGUCCCUAAAGAAAUUCGGUGUACUACGUGUCUCUUCUUAAUCCCCUCGAUGCACACUGCACAGUGGCACCGGUGUUCCUAGUGUCAGUUUACCGUUCGGUGGAAGAACAAUAUUUGACGCACUAAUAUUAUUAUUACCGUUCUUGUCAGUGUCAUCAUGCAGCGGUCGGUGCGUCUGCACGAACAACAGCUGCUGUUCCUGGCGGAGCGGGCUCGUCAGGAAGUGGCCAAAUCAAAAAGCGGAUUAUGCUUCGCUGGCUAUAUGAGUAAGCGCAGUGGUGACAACAAGUGGCAGCAUCGCUGGUUUCUCCUGCAUCAGAAUCUACUGUUUUAUUUUGAUAACAAUCAGUCCAGUCGUCCACUGGGUGUCAUUCUCCUGGAAGGCUCCUAUUGUGAUCGGGUCAUUUUGUCCAGUCCACGGCAUAAAGAUAAAGACGCUGACCAUCAACACUGCUUUGUCAUUUCUUAUCGCAAAGACAACCUGAAACAGUAUGAGUUCUGCACGGAUUCGGAUGCUUCCUGUUCCGCUUGGGUGGACGCAAUUACGCAGGCCAGCUUUAACAAAGUGCUCCAACAAAAGGAGGAGCUGGAGCAAAAGCACCUUCACCUGCUACAGAUUGUGGAGAGCGAGAAGACCUCCAAAUGGCAAUUACGUCAACAGUGCGACGAUCUUUCGACGGAAAUUAACAAACUACGGACUGAGCUGCGUGCCUUGAAACGUCACGAGCGGAGUAGUAGUGCCGGCAGUACGUCCAAGUUCGUCACUGACUUUCAUCCCCGAUAUCUGGCCGAUCUUAAUGAUGAAGCCUCGGACGAGCAGCAUGAGGCUGCCGGCACCAACCGCUUGGGUUCUCAGCCGGAACUGCAUGAUAUUAAGAAAAUACAAAAAGUGCAGAGUUUUUUCCGUGGAUGGCUGUGUCGGCGGCGCUGGAAGCAGAUUGUCGAAGAGUACAUAAGGUCACCGCAUGCGGAGAACAUGAGGAAGCGGAAUAGCCUCGUUUUCUCCAUGGUAGAAUGUGAACAGGAAUAUGUGCAACAAAUUCAGCUUUUGGUGACUUGUUUUUUUCGGCCACUGAAAAUGGCAGCCAGCAGUAAAAAUCCACCAAUCAGCCAUGAAGAUGUGAACUCUAUCUUCCUCAACAGUGAAACAAUCUUCUUCCUCCAUCAAAUCUUUCUGAAAGGCCUUCUCGCCCGGAUGGAAAACUGGCCUACUCUUGUGCUGGGAGACCUUUUCGACAUGUUGCUGCCCAUGCUGUCCAUCUACCAAGAAUAUGUCCGCAACCAUCAUUAUAGUCUGCAAGUCCUUGCUGAAUGCAAGCAACAGCCGGAAUUCGCUGCGCUUUUGCGCCGCUUGGAAGAGAAAAUGCAUGUCCAGGGUCGGUCCUUGGAGCAAUUCUUAACGUACCCUAUGAAUCAGAUACCGCGGUACAUAGUGACACUACAUGAACUUCUGGCACACACCCCCCAUGAUCACGUGGAACGAAAAAGUCUGGAAUAUGCUAAAAACCGUUUGGAAGAACUAAGUCGAAUUAUGCAUGAUGAAGUCAGUGAAACGGAGAACAUUCGAAAAAAUUUGGGAAUUGAAAGGAUGAUUGUAGAAGGAUGCGACAUACUAUUGGAUGUUAACCAAGUUUUUGUUCGGCAAGGUACUUUAGUCCAUGUCCUGAAAGAUGCCUCAUCAAGAGGCCGUAGUUCCCGUUUCACACGCUCCGCGUCGGAUAAAUCGGAAAUUGUACGGCAGUGCUUUCUCUUCACUAAUCAUCUGAUCAUUACCACACGCUCGGCCACAAGUGGGAAAUUGCAUUUGGCCAAACAUGUCGGCAAGAUUGCCCUGCAUGAUGUGACACUCAUUGAGGAUACAUGUGAAAUGAAUGACGACGAAGACCAGGCUGCCAAUGCCAACGGCCAUCCCGACAAAGUUGCCCAUGCUGACUACCAGAAUCGUGAUUUUAAAAUAAUUAUUGAUCAAAAACCUGUUCCGUUAACUGUGCAUCUUGUGGCGGCCACGGAAGAAGAAAAAGUGGCAUGGACAGCAGAUAUUUUGCAAUGCCUGGAGAAUUUGCGAUGUUCAGAUUUGCUGAAUGCCGCAUUAAAUGAGGCAUCAUCUGUCACCAUGCCUAAUUCCAUUAAGAAUGAUCCAAAAUUAUUCCGUGAUGAUAUCGAUAUACGCUUUAGCCGAUCACUUAACUCCUGUAAAGUCCCGCAGAUUCGUUACGCGACGCUGGAACGUCUGCUGGAACGUCUGACGGAUCUGCGAUUCCUAAGUGUCGAUUUCUUGAACACGUUCCUUCUCACCUAUCGUAUUUUUACCAAUGCCAUGCAUGUGCUCCAAGCGCUAAUACAAGUAUACCAGAAUGCGGAAACGUUAACCAUCGAAAACAUAAGCCGUGGCGAAGUAGGCCGGCCCUACGCUGGUUCCGUUUGCUACAGUAUUGACCACGGUGACGGUGAUACCCUGGCCGCUGAUCGGCGUAUUAGCACGGUCAGCGCUCCCGAUCACGGUGAAGAUCCCAACGAUCCCCGCUCCAAGAAUCCACACUGGCGGUGGAGUUUCCGUAAAUACGAGGAACUGCAGUGCGGUUCUGUACGCGUGCGCAAAGUCCGACCGGAUGCUAUUCCUUCGCCCAUUCCUGCCUCGCCCUGCAGCAGUACGGAACACCAGAGUUCCGUGGAAGACCAACAAGACGAUCGUGAGUACGACGCGCCCCACACCCCCAAAGUGCUCCGCCCUAAGGAAGGUCGUCACCUGGCUGUGCCGGGUGCUACCUUCCUGACGCCGACCAUCGUGCAGGUCAGCCCCACCCCUACCUCCACGCCCACACCCCCACCCACGACCACCCAACAAAACGGGGUGCCAACUGACAAGCGGUCGAGUAUCCCGUCCAGCGACAUCCGCUCGCCGCCCUCCAAGCCGGGAGAGGUCGAACGUGAUCGGGAUUCAGAAUCGGAGAUUUUCUACCUGGACACCGUCAACCGCCACACCAAACCUAUCCGUACCGUACCGGUGCCGCCGCCCUUGUCCAUCGCGUCCAGUUCCACGUUAAACACCGGCACCCGGACACUGCCCAGCAGCGCCGCGCAGCGUUUUGCUAACGUUAGCAAAUUCGGUCCCCGGCGGGACAUUAAACGGGCCUACUCGCCCAUGGAGCUGGCCUCGGUGCUGACGUCACCGAAUCUGCCCCGCAAGCGCGAGAGCAAUGUGUCAGACUAUUCCGGUCUGUCGUUGUCACCGCGCAACAGUCUCCGCCAACCGGAUCUCAUACCCCGCCCCCCGCAGCCCACUAAACGCGGCAGUACGACGUCGGAUUAUUCGGAUUAUCUGUCGCCGCGCGGCAGUAUGAUGUCGCCGGAUCAGAAACUGCCGAUACAGCCCAGUAAGCGGGGUAGUAAUGUCUCCGAUGUGUCCGGCUACGCAUCGUCCUACCGGAGUAGUGUACAGUUUUCCGAAGCAUCCCGCAACAGUCUCUUCUCCUCCGGUGAUCCCACUGCUCCCAAUUCCGGCAAAGUGGGCGCCGUGGUGACGUCAUCGCGCCGAUCGGGAAGACGAUGCUCAUCAGCUGUUGCUGCAGCGGCAUUUGCCGUGGCGACUGCCGCGUCAGCAAAUCCUCCGGAUAUGAUUGAAGAGGAUAAUGAAGAAGCCAUGCGCGCCAGAAGGUCAUCGAUAAUUUGCGCUGCUGCCACUAUGCGAGUGCUUAAUGUCCUUCGGCACUGGGUGUCGAAACAGCGACAAGAUUUUGAAUCGGAUUCCUUAUUGCGUAAUGCGGCCAUUAAAUUUUUGCAAGAUGUUGUCUGUGAUUACAACCUCAUUCCGGCGGAGCAGAAACUGGCCGGACAGAUUUUGCGAACACUUACAACGGGAGGCGAUGAGCCGGGCUACGUCCAGCGACAGUUGGAACUCGAAAAGAUGUUGACACCGGCAUUGCAAUCUAGCAAAGAUCUUAGCACCAUCUAUUCCGCACUGGAGAUUGCUGAGCAGAUGACCUUGCUUGACCACAAGAUCUUUAUGGCAAUGAGGGGAGAAGAAUUUUUGGGUAUGGCCUGGAUGAAAGCUGAUAAAGGAGAAAAAGCGCCGAAUAUUUUGCUCAUAACAAAACGAUUCAACGAAACUUCGCGUUUGGUUGUUUCGGAGAUUGUUGGUUGCUCAACGGUAACAGAACGUAUUAGUGUGAUUGAAAAGUGGACAGCGGUAGCGGAUAUCUGUCGUGUCCUGCACAAUUACAAUGGUGUCCUGCAAAUUUGCGCGGCAUUGGUCAACAGUUCGGUGUACCGGCUUAAGCGAACGUGGCAGAAAUUAUCCAAAACUACCAAACUGACCAUCGACAAAUUACAAACUUUGGUGGCGUCGGAUGGUCGAUUCAAGAACAUGCGGGAAGCUUUGCACCGUUGUGACCCGCCGUGUGUGCCAUACUUGGGAAUGUAUCUAACGGAUCUGUCGUUUAUCGAAGAGGGCACACCGAACUAUGCGGAAAAUGGGAUGAUCAAUUUCUCUAAAAUGCGCAUGAUUGCUCAUGUUGUGCAAGAAAUCCGGUUAUAUCAGCAGACACCAUAUAAAAUCGAUUACAAUCCGCGUGUGGCGGCCUACCUCCUGGACAGUUCGAGGAUAAUGUCAGACGACGAACUGUAUCGGCGUUCGUUGAUGAUUGAACCGCGAACGGCGCGCAUGUCAGUAGACAUUCCUUCCGGUUCCAGCGCCGUUGCCGGCACAUCCGGCGCCACGACGCCGCAGCCCACUCGUAAUAAGGAAGCCAAACUGCAAACCCAAACCUCAUUUCCCGGUUGAUCGUUGGUCAACUGGAAAUACAUUUUCUGAUUAUUUUCCGAUCUCUUACUCAGUAUUGUUGCAUAGUUGUUUCGUAUUUAUUGUCUAAGAUAACAGUCCCGGUGACUGGAACGGUGACUGAAUGGAUGAUGCUCACUCUAGUCUUUUCUAAAACAAGUGGUAUAUUUUAGAGUUCUUGAAUAUCAUCCUUUUUGCCGCCCUGCGAACUUUUCGCUUACCGAUUAGAACGCAACUGCUUUUUGAAAUGGUUAUCCAAGUCUUUAUUAUAGGUUUACAUGAAUCAUAAUUAAUUUUCUACGUUGUCGGAAAAAUCUCCCUGCUGAAUGUGUGCCGUUUUGAAUACAUAUCAGUGCUAAUGACUUAACUUAGCCGAUACUGUUCCACGGCGCUGCCAUGGUAUAUAGCCUUGCUGAUUAAAGCUC